CCUCCAAUGCUUGAAGCGGACAAUUCCGUUUGCGAUUGGGAAGUUGCAGGAGACAGGAAAAGGGAGGAAGAUGCCGAAGUGAUCUUCGAAUCCAUCUCUCCCUCUCCCUCUCCCUCUCUCUCUUCUUCUGUGCCAGGAAUAGGGUAGUCGACUUCGGUGACGGCGACGACGAGGCGGAGGAGGAGGAGAAGCGGCGGUGGAAUCUCCAUGGUCUGACUACUACUGGCCUAUUGUUGGCGGAGGAAGCUUGUGAACGAGUUAUAACGAGUCGACUCAUCCAGAACCAUGGGAUGCUGCGAAUCGACCUUCCUGAAACCAUUGUAUUUACUCGCCAAAACCUCCGUCUGCGGCGGAGAGAAAGACAAACGCCGCCGGAAUCACCAUCCCCGUAAUGGUAAAGUUAGUCCGCCGCCUGAUGGACGGGGAUGGAAUUUCUCCGCCGUGCCGGACAUCUCGGAGUUCUCCCUCGCGGAUCUUCGCUCUGCGACGGAUAAUUUCAGCUCCGACGCACUCGUGUCGGUUUCGACGGAGAAAUCUCAAGACACUGUGUACAGAGGCUAUCUCCGGCGUGGCCGAGAUGUUCGAUGGAUUGCCGUUAAGAAAUUCUGUAAAUCUGCUUGGCCUGACACCAAACAAUUCGCUGCAGAAGCUCGGGCUAUCGGGAGAUUGAGGCACAAGAGGAUGGUGAAUCUGAUAGGUUAUUGUUGUGAUGGAGAUGAGAGAUUGCUCGUGUCGGAAUACAUGCCCAAUGAUACCCUCACCAAACAUCUGUUUCACUGGGAGAACCAAACAAUGGAGUGGGCAAUGCGACUAAGAGUUGCACUUUUUGUUGCCGAAGCUUUAGAAUUUUGCAGUCUGAAUGAGCGCCGUCUUUACCAUGAUCUCAAUCCUUAUAGGGUUCUAUUUGACGAGCAUGGCAAUCCUCGGCUUUCAUGUUACGGGUUGAUAAAAAAUAGCAGGGACGGGAAAUAUUUCAGCACAAAUCUUGCUUAUACACCACCUGAAUAUCUUAAGAAUGGGACAUUACUUCCAGAAAGUGUUAUCUUCAGUUUUGGGACAUUUCUUUUGGAUCUUCUCAGUGCAAAACACAUCCCUCCAGGCCACGCUCUUGAUACGAUUCAAAAGCAAAACAUACUUGUCUUGAUGGAUUCACAUCUAGAAGGAAAUUAUCCACCGGAAGAAGCUGCCUUGGUGUUUGAUCUUGCUUGCAAAUGCCUUCAAAAUGAACCCCGAGACCGACCAGACAUCAAAGAUAUCGUCUCUAUAAUCGCUGCCCUUCAACACAAACUGGAUAUUCCAUCGCAUGUUAUGCUUGGGAUACCACAAUUCGAGGCACCUCCUACACAACACCCUCAUUCUCCUAUCUACGACGCCUGUUCUCGUAUGGACCUCACUGCCCUUCACCAGAUUCUCGAAGCAACUGAAUAUGCGGGCGACGAGGGAACAUGCGAGCUCUCUUUCCAACAAUGGGCUCAACAAAUAAAAGAUGUGUGGGACACGAGACAGCGAGGCGACUCGGCUUUCCGUGCCAGAGACUUCAAAUCUGCUAUAGAGAAGUAUACUCAGUUUAUAGAGACAGGGAUAAUGCUUUCUCCAACUAUUUACGCGAGGAGAUGUGUGUGCCAUCUCUUCUGUGAAGAACCAGAUGCUGCCCUCCGAGAUGCGAUGCAAGCACAAUGUAUAUACCCCGACUGGCCCACUGCUUUCUACCUGCAAGCCGUGGCUCUAGCCAAACUGGACAUGCUCCAAGACUCGCAAAACAUGCUGGCCGAGGCUUCCGACCUCGAACACAAGAGCCUUAUUAGUAACUGAAGAAGCCCUUUUCUUGGAGCCUCGGGCAUUGCGGCUGUGGAAUGUAAGGUGCGUCUAACACAUUUCAUCAGGAGUCGUCUUCGACUUUGUAUUUGUCAAAAAGAUUUCAUAUUACCUAUAAUGACACUGAACCCUUUCUCUGAUAAAUAGCCAAAUCUCUGCAAAAGAGAUUUCAAAUUGCAACUA